AUGGAGGUCGAAUCAUUUCUUCGUGUAAACGAAACGUUAGAGGAUUUUUACAACAGAUGCAACAAUCUGUCGUAUUUCGACUGCAGCGAAGAGGAGAUGUUAUGGUGGCUGAUGGGGUCACGAAGACUCCCUCUUAAAGAGAUCAUACCUUGGAGUAUAGUGCUGGUUGUAAUAUUCUUGACCGGUGUGAUGGGUAACGUGUGCGUAUGUCUUGUCAUCGUGAGGAACUCUGGCCUUCAUACGGCAACAAACUAUUAUCUCUUCAGUCUAGCCAUCAGCGAUCUAUUGCUGCUUUUAUUUGGUCUCCCCAACGACUUGGCAGUAUACUGGCAUCAGUAUCCUUACAGUCUUGGACUAGUCUUCUGUAAACUACGAGCAUAUAUAUCUGAGGCAGCCACCUACGUGUCAGUGUUGACGAUAUCAGCUUUCUCUUUGGAGCGAUAUUUAGCUAUCUGUCAUCCCCUGCAUCUAUACGCGAUGGCUGGUUUGACUCGAGCCACGAAAAUUAUUGUCGUUUUGUGGCUUGUGGCGUUGGUGAGUGCGUCGCCAUACGCCCACUACAGCGACAUUUAUUACAGGGAUUAUCCGCCACAUUCUGGGAACGUGUCACUGGAUUCAGCCUUCUGUACACUGACUGCGUCGUCGCCACUCCUGGAAAUCAGUAGCAUCUUCUUCUUCUUCAUACCAGCUGUCAUCAUACUCUGUCUAUAUAUAACCAUGGGGAUUCAUAUCAGGUCCACCAAAGUAAGUGCCAAGGCAAAACAAGGCAUGUUCAAAGGACACGUUCACGGAGAAUUACGACAGGCUAAGUCGAGGAAAGCCGUCGUACGAAUGCUUAUUGCUGUAGUGAUAGCAUUCUUCGUGUGCUGGACUCCAUUCCACGUCCAGCGUCUCUUCUUCAUAUAUGGCUACAACCAUCCCGACUUCCACAUCAUCAACGAACAUCUCUUCAACGUGGCUGGGGCUUUGUACUACGUAUCAGCGACUGUCAACCCGAUAUUGUAUAACGUCAUGAGUGCAAGGUAUCGCAUGGCGUUUCAAGAGACAUUACUCUGCAGACAUCAAGCUGACAGGAACAGUUUUGACCAGAUACGUAGAGACACAACUCUUUCAACAAGCGCCAGGCCCAAAUCCAGCUUUUACUCUGAACAAAGACUACCAACAAGUAAAGUGGACUUCGUCAAAGAUAAACCAUUCUGCAUCGAAACUGAGAUUGAUGAUAAAACAAUUUUUUAUUAUCCCAACGCAAAAACUCGGCAAGACAAUCUGCAAGAUAAUGGCGGACCUUCAUAG